AUGUCCGUGCUAUCUCUAGUUAGAAGACGUUCAAGUGGCGAAAUAAGGAACUUGACCUCGGUUUAUAGUAGCCUCUUUGCAUUUGGCACCAUCAUUGAUGAUGAAGGUUACUCGAACCUAAGAAAAUAUGUCAUUGCUCCCUAUGACCGUAGAUAUCAAUUGUGGCAAACGUUCCUGGUGGCAUUGGUAGUGUACUCUGCAUGGGCAUCUCCAUUCGAGCUAGCUUUCAGAGAACUGUUGGUUGGGUCGCUGUUGCCCGUUGAUCUCCUUGUCGAUACCUUUUUCGCGGUUGACAUAAUCCUUACUUUCUUUGUGGCUUACUUAGAUACAUCAACUUAUCUCCUCGUUGACGACCAUAAGAAGAUUGCUCUCAGGUACGUCAAAAAGUUACACUUCACCAUGGAUCUGGCCUCCACUCUGCCAUUUGAGCAGAUACACCAGAUUCUGACGGGUAAACCAAACAAAAGCGAAGUCUUUGGUUUCCUAAUUAUGCUUAGACUCUGGCGAUUGAGGCGUGUUAGCGAACUCUUCGCGAGGCUAGAAAAAGACAUACGAAUUAACUAUUCGACAGCAAGAUUUUGCAAACUUAUUUGCGUUACGCUAUUUGCAGUGCACUUCGCAGGCUGCAUGUAUUUUUGGUUGGCUGUCCAGCACAAAACACCGAAAAACACAUGGAUAGGGAACAAAACAGAGGAUUUCAAAGAUUUGAGCAUCGGGUUGGGUUACACUUAUUCCAUGUACUGGUCUGUUUCAACCCUUACCACUGUUGGCUAUGGAGAUUUUUAUGCAGUGAAUUUAACGGAGAAGCUUUUCAGUAUUUUAUACAUGCUGUUUAACAUCGGCCUCGCUGCAUAUAUAAUCGGAAACAUGACAAUUCUGUUGGUUCAUAGCUCUGUCCAAACACUUGACAUGAGGAGUGCCUUCAACAAAAUAUUACGAUAUGCAAACAAAAAUAGACUCCCGGAAGGCUUAAAGGAGCAAAUGUUGGCACACAUGCAAUUGAAGUUUAAGACUGCAGAGUUACAGCAAGAAGUGCUACAAGACCUACCUAAAACAAUAAGAUCCAGCAUUGCUCGGCAUCUUUUCCAAAAUAUAGUUGAAACAACAUAUUUAUUUAAAGGAGUCUCUGAUGAUUUUAUCACCCAUCUGGUGUCAGAAAUGAAAGCAGAAUACUACCCAUCUAAGGUUGACAUUAUCUUGCAAAAUGAGAUGCCAACAUAUCUCUACAUUUUGGUAUCUGGAUCACUGGAUGUGUUGAUUUACAAGAAUGGGUCCGAACAGUUUUUGUUCAAACUUGAAUCUGGAGGCAUGGCGGGAGAAAUAGGCGUGCUGUUUAAUAUUCCACAACCUUAUACAGUGAGAAGUAAGGAGCUCUCCCAGGUCAUACGAAUCAAUCAUCAUCAUUUCAAGCAGAUGGUGCAACCAUUUAGUGACGAUGGGAAUACAAUCAUCUACAACCUUAUUCAGUAUUUGAACGGCCUCAAAGGCAAAGUGCCAGACGAAAUGUCUUGUGUAACAGAAUUAACGGGUGACCUGCAUGAUGAGCAUCUAACCCAAAUUGAGGGUACACACUACGAAGGUUCAAGAUAUCAAGAAAAUCCGUAUAAUGAAGGAAGAACAAGAGAUUUCAGUCCACUUUCAAGCUCAGUCUCCAUUAGAGUUAAAAUCCACGGACAUCAUCCCAAUGAAAACAAAACGGGAAACGAAACAACACAGAAGCUCAUACUUCUCCCAAAUUCGGCAGAAGAUCUUUUGAGAAUUGCAGAGAACAAAUUUGGAAAAAGAAGAAGCAAAAUUCUCAUGGCUGACGGCUCAGAAGUAGAAGAACUAAUCGCGAUAAGGGAGAAUGACGAGUUAUAUAUCAUAUAA